UUCUCGAGGUGUUUUGAUUCGGGCCUCCUACAGCAUCCAGUCGAAUUUAUUAUUUCAAGUGUCCAUGGGUAUUGCGUUUGCACAUCGUAUAGCAAUGCUGGACCACGUACUUAUAUCUUGCAAUAUCCCGGAAAUUAGCCGGGAGCAUUUCUAUCGAGCGAUCAAUAUUUACAUUUUCAAGCCACACGUCGUGAACCGCAAGUUGUUUGGCAUCAAUAAUCUGUUAUCGAUUGCCUAUCGAAAAACAGAUGAGAAGAAACUAGACCCCGCAGAAUAUCUUAAGGAGUUCAAGUUGCAGUACAUGAUGCAGCGUAAAUGUGAUGAAAUAACGACGAUUUUAGGCCACAAAUACAAGUUGCAAAUUAAUCCAAAUGUUUCGAAAACUAUCGAAUUGGAACGAUACAGCGAGGAAAACGGAACGGGUUAUCUGAUCCUUAACAGGUUGCUGCCCCGGAACUUGAACGUAUUCCAGCCUCUGGAUAUGCUAGCAAUGAUUGAUUUUGAUUCUCAAUCGGUAUGCUUCGUUUGCCUCCAGGAUGAGCAGAACAAUUUAACGCCAAAAAUCAUCUUUUCGGUUGAGUUGUGUAUGCAGAAGUUAUCCAUUAAAUGUAGCUCUACUCAUUCAGACGAGAAGUCUAUGAUCUGGUUGAAAGAAAUUUUGUUCCACCGUCUUGUAAAAUGGAUUAAUGCGCUCAUAAAGAAAGGAAACACUGCUUCUACGAAGGAAGAAAUCGGUUCUCUUUCGUUGAUAGAUAACUUGGAAGCGUACAACCAAUUGUACAGUACUCUGAAGACAAAAUACGGAACCGAAAUGGUUCGGAUAUGGCCAGAAACGACUGAUCCAAAAAAGUUCGUCUACGAAGAUAUAGCGAUUGCCACUUAUCUAUUGCUUCUAUGGAAGCAAGAGCGGGAAGCCACCGACACCGAUCAACUGCAAUCAUUUGUCGACGUUGGCUGCGGGAAUGGUUUGUUAGUCUACAUUCUUACUUCGGAAGGCCAUAAUGGAUUCGGACUCGAUUUAAGGAAGCGUAAAAUUUGGGACCUUUACCCGAAAAAUGUGUCGCUUAAAGCGGAACCGCUGGUCCCUUCGGACGAUGCCCUAUUUCCAAAAACUGAUUGGAUUAUAGGGAAUCACUCCGAUGAGCUGUCACCGUGGAUUCCAGUGCUGGCGGCGAAAAGUUCCUACCGCUGUCGGUAUUUUCUACUGCCCUGCUGUGCCUUCGAGUUCGAUGGGAGCAAAUUUCAGCGGAAAAACUCAAGUGUAAGUCAGUAUAGUGAUUUUUUGAGUUACGUGAGACAGAUUUCCGAUAUUUGUGGCUUUCGUACUGCUAUCGAUCGAUUGAAGAUUCCAAGCACAAAGCGAACUUGCAUAAUAGGAUCAGAACGAACCUAUGCAGAAAAUCAGUUUGCAACAUAUUGCAAAAAUAUUCAGAUAUUCAUCGAUUCGAGAAAUAAUACUGUUCGAGAAACCGACGGAAACUGGUCGGCCGAUUUUAAACCACGAGAAAGUGUCGAGAAGGUAAGGAACUGCACGAAGAUCGAUCGUAACAUCAUAGAGGAAAUAGUUCGAAUCGUCUUCGAGGCUCUUAUAGCAAAAAAGCGAAUAGCUACUGAGUUUCCUGAUAAACAAUGGAAUGCGGGUGGAAUACUUGCGAUCGGCGAGCUGGUGAACUUGAUUACACAGGACAAGUUGAACUGUUUAAAGUCGGAGUGCGGUGGACUUCAAACGUUGCUCAAAAAUAAUCAUCAAAUUUUCCAGGUGCUGAAUGGCAACGUUCAGCUGAGAAUUCCAACUAGGCGAGGGGAAAGCAGCAAAACUGCAGAGGAGAUGCAGAAAAGGGUGAAAAAGCAAAAAAAUCCUAGAGUUGUUGAGCUGAAGGAAAGGUUAUGCUGGUUUUAUUGUAACCAUCCGGAUGGAUGCCCUCUUGAAGAGAAGGACUGUAAAUUCAAACAUUAGUAUAAA